UUCGGGUAAACUCAUAUUUUUACCACUUUCCAAAAUGUUGCCGUUCGUACGGAAUCGCUGACGAAAAUAAGCUGCCGUGAGAAACAUUAGGGUGAAAGUUCGCCACACUCGGAACUUAGAAGCAGCCGCCCCGUAGUGCAGUCUGAGCUCCUGCGAUCAAUAGCAGCAUCGAAGUUAUGAACGAAGGGAUGAAAACAACGACGAAGAAAAUGGUUAAAGAGGAUGAGAUUUUUGCUUCUUGUACUUUCGCCAGCCUCGGUCUGCACGCUACUUUAUGCGACGAACUCCGAGAUAAAAUGGGUUUUGAAGUUCCUACGCUUGUACAGGCUCAAGCAAUUCCGGCUAUUUUAUCUGGGCGUCAUGUUCUUGUUAAUGCGGCCACGGGCACUGGCAAAACUGUUGCGUAUUUGGUUCCCAUCAUCCAUCACUUGCAGAAGUCCGAUCGUAGGAUUCAGCGGGCCGAUGGAACUUUCUCGUUGGUUCUGGUACCAACGCGAGAGCUAUGCAUGCAGGUCUAUGAAACUCUACAGAAAUUAUUACAUCGUUAUCAUUGGAUUGUCCCUGGUUACAUAACAGGCGGGGAAAGUCGGUCGAAGGAGAAAGCCAGGUUGCGGAAAGGUAUAUCAAUUUUAGUUGCAACGCCAGGUCGGCUCUUGGAUCACCUAAAGAACACAUCAUCCUUUUUGUACUCAAAUUUGCAUUGGAUAGUGUUUGAUGAGGCAGAUAGAAUUUUCGAAUUAGGAUGUGGCAAAGAAGUUGAGGAAAUACUGGAUCAUUUGGGCUCGAGGAAGAAUAUUGUCAAUAAGGAUAAUGGCACUUCAAGUUUUGAAUUCCCGCAGCAGAAUUUGCUUUUUUCGGCCACCUUAAACGAAAAAGUAAACUGUUUUGCCAAAAUUAGUUUAGAGAAUCCCAUUAUGAUUGGUCUUGAUGCUGGCAACAAUGCCCUUGAAUUUCAACCAUCUGAACAUGGUCGAUUUUUGGGACAUGACAUAAAUGAUGAAGCCCAGCCCACAAGGAAGGAAAAGAACUUAAUUGCAGAUUAUAAAAUACCAACCCAGUUAGUUCAGAGUUACGUGCAAGCACCGUGUGCUUCUCGGUUGGCUGUGCUUUUUUCUGUUCUGAAGUAUUUGUUUGAGAGAGACUGCUUCGAGAAGACUUUGGUGCUCUUUUCAACAUGUGAUGCUGUAGAUUUCCACUACUCCCUGUUUGGUGGAUUUAAAUUCUCCUCUUCAGAAUCAGAACCGAGGUCUGAACAUUUGUUCCUUAAAUGCAAGAUUUUCCGGUUGCAUGGGAGCAUGAAGCCGGAGGAUCGGAGAACAACAUUUCAGGCCUUCAAAUCAGAGAAGCUUGCUCUUCUUCUAUCCACUGAUAUUGCUGCUAGGGGCUUAGAUUUUCCAAAUGUUAGAUGUAUUAUUCAAUAUGAUCCUCCAGGAGAGGCAAUUGAGUAUGUGCAUAGGGUUGGAAGAACAGCUCGCUUAGGUGAAAGAGGAGAUUCAUUGCUAUUCCUACAACCAACUGAAAUAGAUUAUUUGCAAGAUUUGCGGAAUCAUGGUGUAUCUCUUACUGAAUAUCCUCUUGUCAAGGUGUUGGAUAGUUUUCCGGUUCGUGGCAGGAAGCACUUUGUAGAGAAGUUCGUUUCUUUAGAAUCACAUUCCUGGAUCAUGUUCUUGCAGAGGGCAGUCGAAUCGUUUAUUGCAGCUGAGGAAUGAUGAAGUUGGCCCAGAAAGCAUUUUGCUCUUGGGUUCGUGCAUAUACUGCUCAUCGUGGUGAGUUGAAAAGAAUUUUUGUGGUGAAGAAACUUCAUUUAGGGCAUGUAGCAAAGAGCUUUGCGUUGAAGCAACAACCGUCUGUUGUUGGAAAAUCAUUCAAGAAACAGGAAAAGAAAAGGAAAAGAUAUCCAAAGCAGGAUGUCUCAUCAUCAAAAAAGAGGACUUUGUAAAUCAGUGGAAAGGGUAAGCAUGGAGGGGCUUUUAGUGAAUGUGCAACAUAACUGUUGAUUCAUUUUGUUUACUUUUCUACUUGGUAGCUAUGUUGAAUGCUGUGAUUGUGAACUGUUUAUCAUGUCUAGGUCGCGUGCAUCAAAUGCAAGGCACCUCCCAAAUUUUGAAUUAUAAUCAGUUAUGUUUAUCAUGAGUUAUGUGUAUGCAACUUGUAAACGAAUCUGGCCUAAUUGAGCGAGUAUGUGUGAUUGAGUAGGUGUACA